AUGGCUCCCAGCACUGUGUUCAUGGAGCCCAACAACCUGCUGUCACCAAAGGAGAAAAACAAACUGAGGAAGCCGGUGGUGGAGAAACUGCGCCGCGACCGGAUUAACAGCAGCAUCGAGCAGCUGAAACUGCUGCUGGAGAAGGAAUUUCAGAGACACCAGCCCAACUCCAAGCUAGAGAAAGCUGACAUCCUGGAGAUGACUGUCAGCUACCUGAAGCAGCAGAGCCAGCUGCAGAUGAAAAUUGCUGGAUCCUUCCACAAAAGUUCUCAGUUUGACUUCAGAGAGGGCUAUUCUAGGUGUUUGCAAGAAGCUUUUAAUUUCCUCUCUCUUCAUAAAGUCCGAACUGAAACACAGACCAAACUUCUAAGCCACUUCCAGAAGAGCCAGUCACCUGCCAUGGAGGUCGUCUAUUCCCCGGGGACCCCCAGCACCCUGAAACAAGCAUCUCCGAAAGUCACCAGCACUCUCUGGAGGCCCUGGUAG